AUGUUGCUACCUUUGAACGCUCAGGCCAACCGGUGCCAAUAUGAACAACAACGAGAAACCCCAGCUUCAGCUCCGCUGUUAUACAACCCUCACGGGCCUGGCUCACAGGCAUUGGGUUUGAUCUCACCUUUGCCUAGACCAAGGAAUCUCCCUGUCAACCGCUCAUCCGAUACUUUGGAUUCACAUCCCUUCUUUCGACGUAAUGCCAACAUUUCAACCAAUUCUCAUCAUGUUGGCCAAAGAGUUCCUCUUUCAAGCCAAACCAGCGAAAUCAGUCAUGCCUCAUCCAAAAUCCCACCGGAUGCCCCAACCGGACUUCGUUCAAGCCAAACCAGCAAUGCCGAUGACUCUGUGUUUGCUAUUGGAUCUCAACCUUCCACCAGUAACAACGUGAACCAUCACUUCAGAGUUGAUCUAUCCCAAUCUCAAACUUCUCACCAAAGUUAUCAAUUCAGUGUCAACGAUGUGAUACCUGAAACUCCCCAAAAUCAAAUAGCCAGUUGGGAGUUAUCUUUACCGCCUUCUCCAACCAAUUUGUGGAACGAACAUCAAUCUCAAUCUGAGAUUGAGACUUCCGGCAAGGAGCCUGCCGUAAGCAUGACUUUGGAUGGUCCUGAUGAGGUGAUGCACGGCUUGUGGCUUAAAUAUGUUGUUCAUUCACGCCAAGGCGUGGAUCCUGCUAGAGGGCCUUCGGCAGCUAAGAAUCUGGCGCCAAAAAUGUUUAUUCACACCUUCAAAGCGUGCAAAUUUGCAGUCAAUAUCAAUAGUGACUCUUUCUUGGACUUGAAGGAACAACUUUUCGUUUAUUCCGACCAAAUGGGUAAAAACGCCAAAGGGAACAGCUUCAUUUUCAAAGCUGCGGACGCUACCAACUCGGUUGCGUAUAUCGCUUACAUUCACAGUCAUGAGGUUUAUAGUAAAGCGGCGGCGAUUGAGCUUACUUGUGAUGACGAUGUCAAACAAUUCUUCUUGGCUAUCUCAACUCAUCCAAAACAAACAUCCGGAAUCGACGUUCUAAUGGAAGAUCCCACCAAAAAGAAAUCAGAGGCUGAAAAGAAUCUUUCCAUAGGGCAACAUCAGUUACAGGCCAAGAAUAUCAAUGCAAACAUGUUGACUUCAACUUUGGAUCUUGCUCAUGCCACUCCUGAAGACCCGGUGGACACAGAUUUGGCGGCCCUCAUGGUCAAAUAUAGCACCGCGAAAAACAACAAUGCCGAGGGCUGGUGGGUCUACAAGUUCGAUGAUAUCACCAAGGUGAUGCCUAUCAACUUCCAAUUGUUGAGGAUAUGGGCGGAGCAUAUGGUUAAGGACCCGUCGGUCACCGUGGAUAAGCCUCCAAAGGCCGAAGGCUUUGAAUGGACGCAUCUAAAGAAAACGGUCACUUUGCAGACCCCCGUGACCUCUGGCGGCUCUGCCAUGACCCAUCAACCAUCACCAAUAACUCCAGGAACAAUCUCUGAAGCUCAAGGUUAUGAUAUUGUUGUAGACCCUUACAAAGUAGACCAAAUCAGGACAUACACCACCAUGGACAAUUACAUGGCCUUCGCCGGAGUUUGUGUUGGCAAGGUAGAUGAGGUAGUUGCCAUCUUGUUCGACCACGAUAUUGAGCGUUUCAAUGCUUUUCUUUACCCUGAAGAAACCGGCAUCAAAGACCUCGUUGAAAUGGGAAUUCAACAUGGAACUGCCAUGAGAUUGAUGAACUGCGCCCGUCGAUUUUAUCAACACGUCCUGAACGACGAAAUCAAGAACCCCAAAUCGCCUUUUGAUUCCAGCAUGGUAAUCUAG